AUGAUCUGUGCAGCUGUCCAUGAUGAGCAGUCCUAUGUUGAAACGGCACCGUCUAUCUUACUGUUUCGCUUUUCUUGCAAUAUGAUUUCGCCUCCGGAAGAAGUGAUUGAUGCAUUCGCUGAAACAAUGCAGUCUCUUGGGUUACUUCUGGGUAAGGAAACGUCUGUCGCUCAUCGGCCAAAAUCAAUCGCGCAUAUUGAAAUCUUCGCCAGCGGAAUUGACAUGGCUUCUGCCUUUUCAUUAUAUUCAGUCGCCAUGUAUGAGGAUCCGCACUUAAUGAGGCGUAUAUUGACGUUGCCUGUGUGUGGGGAGCGAUCAUCAUAUCGUCUUUGCACUGGAAUCGCUAACCACGAGAAUAACGUUGCUGAAGUGCUUUCUUUGAAAGAUGCGGUUUCCUUCGACAUAGACUGUGCGCUAGCAAAAGGAUGGCUGUUACGCGGAGCGGCUGAGGGCCUCACACUCUUCGAAGAGCUGCUCGCUCGUCUGUGUAGGGAAGACGCAGCUAGUGCCGACACCUUUACGCUCAUCUCAACGAUCUACUCGACUUUGACAGUGCAGCUAACAAUCCCGAACGUUGCCUUUUCCAAACUACGUUCUUGUGGAGGCAAAGGUUGGUUCGGAGCUGUUUUGUCUUGA